AUGAUUUCUAAACUACCCCAGUGUGUGUUUGGUUUCUUGCCUGUCUUGUGAUGAAGGAAUUAAAAAGAUUCGCCGUUUUGUUGGGUUUAAUAAGUUAUGUGUCGGCCAGGUAUUUCAACAUUUAUCAUGAGAACAUAGGUGAAAGUAGCGUCAAAAUCCAAGAUGAUAACCAAAGUGGUGCUGAAAAUGAUCGAUAUCUCAACGAAUAUCUAAAUCGGUGCAAGGAAAAUUCUGCCGAAUGGUACAAGUGUCGGAAUGAUGAAGACGAAAACAACAACAACGGUUACUCAGAUGAGGAUUAUAGUAAGGAAUUAGAAGAUUUGAGGAAAUAUGAAGAUAAUAAAAACUGGUUCCAAGACAAUGGACAACCAAGUUCAUAUCAAGACAUGUUACACGAUAAGAAUGACAUGUUCCUAGCCAAAAUUGGCAAGACCCAAGACAGUAAUGACAUGUCCAAAGAAAUGAAUGAUAUGUUCAAAGGCAAGAAUGCCAAGCCCCAGGAAAUAGACGACAUGCCCAAAGAAACAAAUGACAAGUUCAAAGGCAAGACUGGAAUGCCCAAGGACACUAAUAACGUGUCCGAAGAAAAUAAUGAUAUGUCCCGAGACGAAGACGGCGUGAAAAAGGGUAGUAAUGACGUGUACUACGACCAGAAUAAUAUGUUUCAUGGCAAGAAUGGCAUGCUCACAGGUUGUAAUGAUUUGCCCCAAGCCAAGAAUGGCGUAACUAAAUGCAGGUAUUUUGUCUUACAAGACAUUAAUGGCAAUGUAAAGGACGGUAAUGCCAUGUCCCAGGACUGUAAUAGCAUGUUCAAAGUUAUUAAUGGCAUGUCCCAAGACUGUAAUAGCAUGUUCAAAGUUAUUAAUGGCAUGUCCCAAGUCAGGAAUGAAAAUCAGAACGAUCAACAGUAUGACCACUGUAAAGAGUUUAACCGGAGGUACUGUAACGGGUAUAACAAAUUAGGGCGGUACAAACAUGAUGGGAGGUAUGACGACGGUAGCCUAGAUAUGAUACAGAAUAAAUACAGGUACAAUCAUAAUAGAAAAUAUCGGCACGUUGGAAGAAACAAGUAGAAGGUUGGUGGCAGAACAAAGAUAGAAUAAAUCAAUAUUCGGCGAAUACAAACUUAGGAAAAAAUGAAGACAACCAGUUGGAUAACGACAGUAAAAGUCAUUAAAUAAAAUACAAGUAAAUUGAAACA